GCCAUGUGAGGAAAUAACUCAUCCUGAUUUCAUACCUAAUCAGAAUUUAGGUGGAAAGAAUGGACAUAGCAGAACAAAUAUUACUACAAUGGAAAGAUUCAAAAGAUCAAAGAAAAGACAGAAAACAGGAAUGUCUCAUGAUGACGCUGUUUCCAUACCUGAGCAUCAGUCCCAGGAGCCUGAUUUGGACAUAAACAUUGGCAUUCAGUGUGAUUUGCUUACUGACGGACAAACAUCCAUGGUCACAGAGCUUGAAAAGAAACUUAAAAAGGGAACAAAAGCAAAUGAAUGUCUUGAGAAGAAAUCAUAUCUGCAGGAACAGAGAAUUAGUAAAUUAAAACUGUCUUUUUCUAGCAUGGAUGCUGGUAUGGUCGCCUUCUACACUGGGCUGACAAAAGCUUUAUUUUUAUGGAUAUAUGAUCAAAUAUUUCCACUAGUAGAAAACAAACGACAAAGUCGAGCACUGUCACUCCAUGAUCAUCUUUUAUUAGUAUUAGUUAAGAUACGUCUUGGACUGUUGAACAGAGAUAUUUCUUAUAGGUUUGGAAUAACGGAAACAUCUACGUCUCGGAUAUUGAAUGUAUGGAUUCCAGUUAUUUCAAAAUGUUUGAAGCCUUUGAUACACUGGCCAGAGAGAGAUGUUGCAAGAUCAAAUGUGCCUUUGUCAUUUAAACCGGACUAUAAUAAGUGUGUAUCAAUUAUUGACUGCUUUGAGAUCUUCAUUGAACGCCCGAAGAACCUUACCGCCCGGGCUCAAACUUGGAGUAAUUACAAACAUAACAAUACUGUAAAGUAUCUGAUAUCUAUAUCGCCAUCAGGAGCGAUAAAUUUUCUCUCAUCUGGUUGGGGUGGAAGAGUAUCAGAUAAGGAAAUUACAUUAAAAUCUGGGUUUAUGGAAAAUCUUAUGCACGGAGAUGAAGUUUUGGCUGAUAGAGGGUUUCUUCUGUCAGAGGAAAUGGCAUCACAGGGUGUGGUGUUAAGAAUUCCGUCCUUUACAAAGGGUAAGAAACAACUGAGCGGAAAAGACGUCGAAACAUCGAGAAAACUUUCUCAUGUUAGAAUACAUGUAGAGAGGGUGAUAGGUCGAAUGAGAACUUUUCUCAUUCUUGAGUCCAACAUACCUCUUUGCCACGUGCAUCUACUGGAUGACAUAGUAACCAUUAUAGGGACUUUACAUAACUUACUCCCCCCAAUUGUCAAAGGCUAGU